AGGCGGGGGUACACUGGCCGGGGCUGCUGCUGGGAGCUGAGCCGGCCACGCGCAGGGCGAGGAGGGCGUUCUGGGUGGACGCGCCUGUUUUGGCCUCGGGAAUCGCUAGUGGUGAAAGAACCAAGAUCCAGAAGAGAAGUUAAUAUGCCUGAAGUCAUCUGUCCAGUCAGUCAGUGGCAGAACAGAAUUUGAACUUGGAUCUCUUGGCUCCAAAUCCAACUCUACUAUUUAGCCCUGUGUAACUUUGGAUCCUAAGUCCAAACAUGAGCCCCCUGGAAUUUUUCUUCCAGGCAUCCCAAGUGGCAUAUAAGGGAGAUUGCAACCUUUCUUCCCACUACACCAUGGAACCCUGAAUCUCAAAUAAAUUACGAUUGGCUCUCGGGUCCCCACAAAGCUGCUUGUCAGGAUGGAUGAAGAGCUCCUGCCCAAUUCACAUGUGCUCAUCAGUGGCAAUAAAUCCAUUCUGAAAUCAGAACUCUUAUCUCUGCUAAAAACAUAUAAUUGUUAUCAUGAAGGAAGAAGCUUUCAGCUCAGACAUCGAGAGGAAGAAGGCGAGCUGAUCAUCGAAGGGCUCCUCAACAUAUCCUGGGGACUGAGGCGACCCAUCCGGCUCCAGAUGCAGGAUGAUAAUGAGAGAAUCCACCUCUCAACUGCCCCAUGGAAGAAAGACCUGUCAAGUAUAAACCAAAAAGGGCUUCAGCAAGGUGCUAGGGAGACCAUCGAAGAGUCAAGCCCUCAUGCUGCAGUGACCUCGGAGAGCUCUGGCACUGACUCAAUUGAUUCUAUAAAUGGUGAAGAGGAGACACCACAGCUCAUGAGGACAAAAAGUGAUGCAAGUUGCAUGAUUCAACGAAGAUCAAAAUGUCGCGCACUGGGAGAAGCUCAGAAGAUAAAACGACAUCGAUUCUCAAUCAAUGGGCAUUUUUAUAACCACAAGACCUCAGUGUUUACUCCUGCCUAUGGCUCCGUGACCAAUGUGAGAGUCAACAGCACUAUGACAACCGUCCAAGUGCUGACUCUGCUUCUCAACAAGUUCAGGGUUGAAAAUGGCCCCAGUGAGUUUGCGCUCUAUGUAGUUCAUGAAUCAGGGGAACGAACAAAAUUAAAAGACUGUGAAUAUCCACUCAUCUCAAGAAUCCUGCAUGGGCCAUGUGAGAAAAUCGCCAAAAUAUUUCUGAUGGAAACAGACUUGGGAGAAGAAGUUCCUUAUGAUGUCGCUCAGUACAUUAAGUUUGAAAUGCCGGUCCUGGACAGUUUUGUUGAAAAAUUAAAAGAAGAGGAGGAAAGAGAAAUAAUCAAACUGACUCUGAAGUUCCACACUCUCCGCCUGAUGAUGUUGCAGCGCCUGGAGCAGCUGACAGAGCCAGAAGAGCUGGCCUAGCAUCGAGUUUCCAGAAUGAUCAGAGAUAGUAACAUCAGGAUGUGGAAAAGUCUAUCUUCAGUGUGACCACGGGAACUAAUCAGCUGUGUGCUUUGAUAUUCACCUUCUAAUUGCCACUUAAACCAAUUCCCAAGGACAGUUGGGGGAUGGACACACUAUUUGUCUGUUGGGCACUAAUACCUUGUCUCUUGCUAUUAACCACAUCUCUGGAGUUAAUCCUUCAUCACUGUGGGAACCAGACCAGACCAGACUUUAGGGGAAAGGAAUCUUUCAGAUAAGAUGCCCCUGCCUGGUGUCUUGUCUCAGAGUCUGACCUAACCCUCUGGUGCCUAGUGGUGGGGAUUGGGAGUAGGACAUGCAGAAUGUAUGAGAUGGGCCAGUAGGAGCUAUAUGAAUGAACCUCCAGCUCCCAUCCUUUCUGCCCUGGUGGUGGCAGAUCCCCAGGAGUCGCAGGAGUGUAAGAUCAGCCCAUCUGUUCUUCGCCUCCAGUAAUGUCUCAGAAAAGCCUUUGGCCACUAUUCCUUUUGUCACCAGAAAGGCGUAUUUGUGCACCCUCUUAUUGCCUCUGGACUAUGAAUUCACUGCCCAUAGUAUGAGUGUGCUACCAUGCUGGGAAACACCAGCCUCACUAAUGGACAACUAGAGCCAAUUCUAAAAUACAGCUAUUGUAACAAUGCUUAUUUCAGCAUGGCUUGGCUUUGGGUACUAGGCUGUCAUGGAUUUUUUCAGCCCAAAUUUCAAAGUCAAAAUCCCUUAAAUUCUUCCUCCCUUUCCCGUAAACAAAAGGCGGUCAUGCAACUUUAUUCAGUUUAGUCCCAGCUUUUUACAAAAGGCAAUGAGGUUUGUGGAAUGUUUAUUGUGUAACUUGUGAUGGGAACACUUCUAGCUUGCUUUGGCCAAUUAUUGUCACUCUGUGCUAGCAUGGUUGUAAGUCUGAAGGAGGGACUCAUUUAUGCAAAAUGCCCAGAUAAAUGUGAAACAAUACUAAGUGAAAAAGGUAUCAGAGUGUCCAAAACUAAGUGCUCUGUGUGGCCCGAGUGAAGAAGGUUAUGUCCAGAGACACAUAACUAUGAUUUCUACCUCUGAAACAGUGAGUGUCGUGCUUGUUAAUUCCAUCUGAAUUAUUUAAGCCCUGAAUGCUUGCACUGGGGGAAAAGGACUUCGAGUUCCCAAGAGACAAUACUGAAGAAAUCUUGUAUUUUUCUGCUAAGGAAAAAUUCCAAGAAUGAAGUGGUCUUUGCAAAAAUAUGCAGUUGUAGGGAACAGCCACUUGAAAUGCUUGGUCAAAACAGAAACAAACCUAUAGCCUAGAUUCUACUCCGAAAACUUCAGUGUUGUGACCCGGCUUCCCAGCCAUCUUCUUACCCUUUUCCCUAAUAAGUGAAUAACAAAAAUUUGGAAUAACUGGAUUUCUGAGAACUUCAAAGUUGACAAGCAUUUAUGAAGCACUUAUGAUCACAGUUGUCUUUGCAUCGCUAGGAGCAUGGCCUGAGAUAAACUGAAACUCACUGGUCCUGGCAAUACCCCUAAGGGAUUUAGGAGUGUGUACAUGUGUGUGAGAACCAGAAAAUUCCCUUUUCUAAGGCACUUAAGUACCUAUUCUGAGAAUUAUAAUCUUAAGGGAAUUAGAUGCCUGGGACCCUGAGACAUUCAAUUACUUGGCCUGGCUCCCACAGUUAUUGGUAGAACUUAACUCAGGAGUCUUCUUGACCCUAGGACCAGCUCACCAUCUACUAUGUCACACAUCGCUUUUCUGUGUUUAGCUGUAACACAAAAAUUCUAUUCCUAUGUCUGUGUCCCUAUUCCUGAAAUGGAGCACUUAUACUUUUGUUGGUCUAGUGAAAAUGGAGAAUAUUUAUAUGCAGAUUUUUCAGAAACCUGUUCAGAUCUCACUCUAUGCAAGCUGUGAAUGGGAUCUAGGCAUUAUCCUAGAAGAGUUUUUAUUAACAUAGACUCUAGGGGGCAACUGGGUAGCUCAGUGGAUUGAGAGCCAAGCCUAGAGACAGGAGGUCCCAGGUUCAAAUCUGGCCUCAGACACUUCCCAGCUGUGUGACCCUGGGCAAGUCACUUAACCCCCAUUGCCUAGCCCUUCCUGCUCUUCUGCUUUGGAUCCAAUACAUAGUAUUGAUUCCAAGACGGAAGGUAAGGGUUUAAAAAACAAACAAAACAUAGGCUCAAGAAGCCUCUUGCUCAGUGGAUAUGGAAGAAUAAUGGCUAAGAGAGCAUUUAAAAAAAUUUUUUUGUUCAUGCAUAUUGUGCAUAUGUGUCCCUAUUCCUCAAGCCUUCAGGUUUUACUCCCUCAGUAUGAAUCUUAACAGUAUUUGGCAGCUAAGUUCAUUUCUGCUUCCUAUUAAAGACAAAAUGCAAUUUCUUUUCAUUCCCACGUACAUUUCCAUCAGCUGGACUGAAUCUAUAGGCCUUAUCUGAGAGUUAUUAGAGAGAAGAAUCUGGAAUAAACCAUGGUUUAGAGGGUAAACAAGUGUCCUGUGAAAUCCCAAGUACUGAAAACCCAUUGCAAAGACCAGCCCUCUGGUUUGGAGUCUUCCUCUAAUUUCUCCGACUUUCUCCUCUCUUUUUUGCCUGCUACUGUAUACAAUCCAUUUGCUCACAAUUUGAGACAAACUAGUCAAGAGUAGCCAAAUAGAGGGCUGCUUUCUUCAUUUGCCAGUCUGAGUAUUUGAAUAUAGCUGCACACAUUCGAAUAAAGCUUCAAUAUUUUUCUAAAA